AUGGCCUCCCCUUCCCUUCCCGCGGGCACCCGCACAGCCGGCGCCCUGCCCGGCCCCGCUCACCCGGGACAGCCCGCGGCGGCCACGAGCGGCACCAGCACGAGGAGGAAGACGAGGAGGAAGAUGAAGAGGAGGAGGAGGAGGACGGGAAUCGCCGCCCGCCCCGCAGCUCCCGCGCCGCCGUCUCCAGUGGAACCCGGCGCGCGACCCGGAAGCGGCAGGCGAGGACGGGAAAUGGGCGCCUCUGCCCGUGUCAGUUCCGGGCGUGUGUGGCCGGGACAGGGCCGGAGCGAGGCGGAGCUCGGCCGGCCCCAGCUGAGGGGCCCCGGGCUGCUCGGGGCACUCCAGCCUCGGAGCGCUCCUCUCAGAGGCCCUCUGCUGCGGAGCACAUUGACAUCUGAGUGGAAAAAGUUUAUCUGCAGAUGGGGAACAUUCCUGACACUGAAGCUGAGAAGAACAUACUGUUGGUUAAUGCUGUGGAAAAGCAGUGUAAGCUGGAUAGACAAAGAAAAUCUGAGAGAACCUAAGAGAAAAGUGAAGGUGCCUUGUGGGAGGGAACCACUAGAGAGAUACAGAGAAGGUGAUGCAGAGAAAAUGUAUGGUUCUACUCCCUCCAAAACAGAGAACCCAUCCUAUAUGAGUUGGGUGUAA